AUGCUGUGUCUCGGAUCACUACUCCGUCCUUACAGCCGCCUCACCCAGUUCCGGCAGGUUUGGGGCUCCCUCAGGUUUCCCCUUCUGGGGUGCCCAAUGUUCAACGAAGGCCUGUGGCACAGACUGUCGCCCCUGGCCAGGAGGAGAGCCUGCGUAGAUCCACUCGCUCCACGGCUGGACGGCAUGCCAACCUGCAUCAUCUCCCAAGCCACGCUGCAGGACUGGCCGCGCCAUCAGGCAGCCUGCUCCAUGCGCCAUCCCUUGGCCUUUCAAGCCGGGACCGUGCGCAGUUGCUCACCUCAGCGACCACACUGGGCCUCACUCAGACCACACUGGGCCUCACUCAGACCACACUGGGGCCUCACUCAGACCACACUGGGGCCUCACUCAGACCACACUGGGCCUCACUCAGACCACACUGGGGCCUCAUUUAGACCACACUGGGGCCUCACUCAGACCACACUGGGGCCUCACUCAGACCACACUGGGGCCUCACUCAGACCACACUGGGCCUCACUCAGACCACACUGGGGCCUCACUCAGACCACACUGGGGCCUCACUCAGACCACACUGGGGCCUCACUCAGACCACACUGGGGCCUCACUCAGACCACACUGGGGCCUCACUCAGACCACACUGUGCCUCACUCAGACCACACUGGGGCCUCACUCAGACCACACUGGGGCCUCACUCAGACCACACUGGGGCCUCUUUCAGACCACACUGGGGCUUCACUCAGACCACACUGGGGCCUCACUCAGACCACACUGGGCCUCACUCAGACCACACUGGGGCCUCACUCAGACCACACUGGGGCCUCACUCAGACCACACUGGGGCCUCACUCAGACCACACUGGGCCUCACUCAGACCACACUGGGGCCUCACUCAGACCACACUGGGGCCUCACACUGGGGCCUCACUCAGACUACACUGGGCCUCACUCAGACCACACUGGGGCCUCACUCAGACCACACUGGGGCCUCACUCAGACCACACUGGGGCCUCACACUGGGGCCUCACUCAGACCACACUGGGGCCUCACUCAGACCACACUGGGGCCUCACUCAGACCACACUGGGCCUCACUCAGACCACACUGGGGCCUCACUCAGACCACACUGGGGCCUCACUCAGACCACACUGGGCCUCACUCAGACCACACUGGGCCUCACUCAGACCACACUGGGGCCUCACUCAGACCACACUGGGGCCUUAG